UGAAACUCGACCAGAAUAAUUUUUUAAUGUGGAAACAACAAGCUCUCUCAGCCAUUAAAGGAUAUGGCCUUGAAACAUUUAUCAAGAAGGAAGCAGAAUCACCCUCUCCAAUCGUCACUCGAGAUGGAUCUGAGGAAACAAAUCCAGAUUUCAUUCUAUGGGAAAGACAAGAUCAAAUCCUUGCAUCUUGGAUCUUGUCCUCUCUUACUGAAGGUAUGCUUGUCCUCACUGUUGGCCUAAACAGCUCAAAAGACAUAUGGUUAGCCUUGGAAAACAACUUUUCGGCUCAGUCUCAAGCCAAAGUGAUGCAGUACAAGAUCCUUAUGCAGUCUUUAAAGAAAAAUGGUAUGACUAUGGGAGAGUAUAUUUCUAAGAUGAAAUCUUUUUGUGACAUCUUAGCUUCUGCUGGCCAUAAGAUAAGUGAGACAGAUCAAGUCCUACACAUCUUAUCAGGACUUGGAAAUGAAUAUGAUUCUGUCAUGGUGAAUGUCACUUCAAGGAUAGAACCCUAUGGCUUAAAUGAACUCCAUGCUCUCCUUCUUAGUUAUAAGGCUCGUCUGGAAGCCAAUAACAACCUCCUGGGACCAACAAUUAACACAGAUGGCACUCAGCCAUCUAUCAAUGCAACUCAGAUGGACAACAGAAGGUUUAACAACCCCUUUAACCAAGGAAGAGGCAAUUUCAAGAAUUUCAGAGGCUCAAAUUUCAAUAGGGGUGGUAGAUUUGCUAGAGGUGGUAGAGGAAGAGGAAGAUACAACAACAACAAAGUGAUCUGUCAGAUUUGCAAUGUGGCAAAUCACACAGUAGACAGAUGUUGGUAUAGAAGUGAUCUCAGCUAUGGAAACUCAGGACAACAAACUCAACAGGGAAAUGUUCAAAGAAAUCCUAACCUUAAUCUUUCUCAUUUUGGUCAGAUCCCUCAACUUGGAAACAGCAACAACAUAUCUGAAAUUGGAAGUGAGUCCUCUUGGUUUCCUGAUUCUGGAGCAACCACAAAUGUUACAAAUGAGCUAGCAAACCUUAACAUGGGAUCUGAGUAUGUUGGUAACAACAGGCUGCAAAUGGGAAAUGGUGCUGAGGUUAACAUCAGUCAUAUUGGUAACUCUUUCUUAAGAUCUCCUCAGAGUUCAAAAGCUUUUCUCUUAAGAAAUCUUCUACAUGUGCCUUCAAUUACAAAAAAUCUGCUGAGUGUUUCAUCCUUUGCUUCUGAUAACAAUGUAUAUUUUGAGUUUCAUCCCUCUUAUU